CAGAGCGCAAGGGGAGCAGGUGCUUAGCCCUCACUUUACUGAUUCAACCUGCUUUGUUAAUAAGCUUCCUAUGACAAGUUUUGGACUACACAAGAGUACCCAACGAAACUUGUGACCAUACUGAGUCGAUAAUGCAACCAGGACUCAAUGCCAGUUGUUCCGGUGACAACGCUACCUGUGACAUCCAGGAUGGCUUUCUCUCCAUCGUCCUGCCCACAGGAUACUCCAUCAUCUUCAUCAUUGGGGUGCUCAGCAAUGCUGUGACCAUCGUCAUUUUCUUCCUGAGGAGAUGGUCCAACUCCUCCAUCACCGUGUACAUGAGGCAUAUGACCAUGGCCGACUUACUGCUGGUCCUCUGUCUGCCUGUGCGAAUAUACUACCACAACAGACCAGGCCCCUUCUUCCUCUGCAAGGUGGUGGGCAUCUUCUUCUACAUCAACAUGUACGCCAGCAUCAUGUUCCUAAGCCUCAUCAGCCUUGACCGCUACCUGAAGAUCACCAAGCCCGUCUGGGUCUUUAAGUUCCAGAAGGUAAACUGGAGCCGCAGGACCUCCUACGCAGUCUGGGUGAUCCUUGCCCUCGGCGCAUUCCCCGUCUUCCUGGGGAAGAGCGGCACUGGCCCCUGUCAGGAGAUCUGUUUCCACUUCCACAAGAAGAGACCCGUCGCGGGUUCUUUAAACCUCAUCACCGUCUUGCUCUUCUACGUUCUCUGCCUGCUCCUCCUCUGCUUCUACGGAAAGAUCGCCAUGAAGCUGAGGUCCAUGUCGCUGGGGAAUGGCGACGAGAAGGCCAAGAGCAAGAUGGCCAGGAUCGUGGUGAAGACCUUCGUGGUGCCAACCGUCUUCACUGUGUGCUUCAUGCCCUACCACCUGGUUCGCGUGCCCUACGUGCUGGCACAAAUGGACAUCAUCCAGGAGCAGGGCACCAAGCAGACCCUGCACCUCUUCAACGAGCUGAUGCUGUGUCUCUCUGCUCUGAACAGCUGCCUGGACCCCAUCAUCUACUUCCUUCUGUCCUCCACCUUCAGGAAAACUGUCAUCUGUGCCAUCCAAGGCAAGUUCAAAAAGAUGUACGCCAUGAAUCAGCGACGAACUAGCUUAAUUAAGUCUGUCACUGAAAUGUAG